AUGGCGCACAAAUUCGUCAUCACAGCCUUCCUCACAGGCUCACGGAUCCUCGGCCGCUCCUUCGUCGCCGCCUACCGCCAGGCCCAAGCCUCCACCGCAUACCAGCGUGCCCAGGCCAAGAACGGGAACGCCGCGGGCGGCCGCGCCCUCGCCGGGAGCAUGACCCUCGACGAGGCCUGCCGCAUCCUCAACGUCAAGCCCCCCGCGGGAGGCCAGGCCAACAUGGAGGAGGUCGUCGAGCGCUACAAGCGCCUCUUCGACGCCAACGAGCCGCAGAAGGGCGGCAGCUUCUACCUCCAGAGCAAGAUCGUCCGUGCCAAAGAACGGUUCGAGGCUGAGCUGGGACCUAUAAGAGAGAAGCUGGAAGCGGAGGCGGAGAUAAAAGAAGGGUUCAAGCCAAAGGUUUACAAGGACCGGUAG